CUUACAACUGCUGAGUACGCAGAGCAGCGAGGAAUAAACAUGGAUUCAUCUAAAUACUCCUGUUCCAUCUGUUUGGAUCUCCUGAAGGAUCCGGUGACUAUUCCCUGUGGACACAGCUACUGUAUGAACUGUAUUAAAGACUUCUGGGAUGGAGAAGAUCAGAGGAGAAUCCACAGCUGCCCUCAGUGCAGGAAAGAGUUCAUACCGAGGCCUAACCUGGAGAAAAACAUCAUGCUGUCAGAGUUGGUGGAGGAUCUGAAGAAGACUGGACUCCAAGCUGCUCCAGCUGAUCACUGCUAUGCUGGACCUGAAGAUGUGGCCUGUGACGUCUGCACUGGUAGGAAAAUGAAAGCUGCCAAGUCCUGUCUGGUCUGUUUGGUUUCUUAUUGCCAAAAUCACCUUCAACCUCACUAUGAAUCUCCUACAUUUAAAAAACAUAACCUUGUUGAAGCUUCUACUAAACUUCAGCAGAGGAUCUGCUCUCGUCAUGAUGAGGUGAUGAAGAUCUUCUGUCGUACUGAUCAGCAGUGUAUCUGUUAUCUCUGCACUAUGGAUGAACAUAAAGGACAUGAAACAGUCCCAGCUGCAGCAGAAAGAGCUGAGAAGCAGAAGAAGCUCCAGGAGAGUCGACAACAAAUCCAUCAGAGAAUCCAGGACCAAGAGAAAGAUGUGAAGCUGCUUCAACAGGAGGUGGAGGCCAUCAAUGUCUCUGCUGAUAAAGCAGUGGAGGACAGUGAGAAGAUCUUCACUGAGCUGAUCCGUCUCCUCCAGGAAAGAAGCUCUGAUGUGAAGCAGCAGAUCAGAUCCCAGCAGGAAACUGAAGUGAGUCGUGUCAAAGAUGUUCAGGAGAAGCUGGAGCAGGAGAUCACUGAGCUGAAGAGGAAAGACGCUGAGCUGGAGCAGCUCUCACACACAGAGGAUCACAACCAGUUUCUCCUCAACUACCCCUCACUGCCAGCACUCAGUGAGUCUACACACUCAUCCAGCAUCAACAUCCGUCCUCUGAGACACUUUGAGGACGUGACAGCAGCUGUGUCAGAGCUCAGAGACAAACUACAGGAUGUUCUGAAAGAAACAUGGACAAACAUCUCACCAAGACUCACUGAGGUGGAUGCUCAACCAACAGAUCCAGAACCAAAGACCAGAGCUGGAUUCCUGAUAUAUUCACAAGAAAUAACUUUGGAUCCCAAUACAGCACAUCAAAGUUUGGCAUUGCUUCAGAGAAACAGAAAAGUAUCAUUAAUGCAUCAGCUUUAUCCUGAUCAUCCAGAAAGAUUCACUGGCUGGUCUCAGGUCCUGAGCAGAGAGAGUCUGACUGGUCGUUGUUACUGGGAGGUGGAGUGGAGUCAGGGAGGAGUUGAAGUAGCAGUUUCAUACAAGAACAUCAGCAGAGCAGGAAGAUUAGAUGAAUCUAAGCUUGGAUUUAAUGACAAAUCUUGGGCACUACGUUGUGACAGUAAAGGUUGCAUAUUCUGGCACAACAAAGUAAGUACUUCCAUUAAAAGUCCAGUUUCCUCCAGAAUAGGAGUGUAUCUGGACCACAGAGCAGGUAUUCUGUGUUUCUACAGCGUCUUUGGUACCAUGACUCUCCUCCACAGAGUCCAGACCAGAUUCACUGAGCCUCUGUAUGCUGGAGUUUGGCUGUUUAAUCACGGAACUGCUGAGUUUAUCAAGGUUAAAUAAAGUAACUGAACAUGCACAAUGAAUCUUUUUCAAGUCAAACUAACAGCUCAAAACAGUUUAACAUUAAGUAUCCAUGCACCUAAAGUCACACUGAGAAGCUGGAAUUAAAUCCACAAUUUUUCUAAGUGACCUCUGUUCUAGUCCUGAUGACACGAUGACAGGACAGUGCAGUUAAUAUUCAGGAAAUUUCAUAUUAAGAUCAUUACAAUAACAAAUUUUAAAAUGUAAAAACCACGUCAGCUGCUUUACUAAACCAAAAAUAACUGCAAUGUUUAGCAACUGAAUGUGUUUGUAAGAUUGGACUGAACUGAGUAUUUCUGACUAUGAUCAGAGUCUGUUUUGUAACUUGUUGUGAAUCAGUGCUGUUUCAUUAAACUGAAUUAAAUUGACUGAUGUGUGUAGAGUAUGAAUGAAACAUAACCUGUAAGGGUGCCAUGUAUUUCUGCUGUACUAAAUGAUGUCAAGAUAAAAUAGCCAAACACUGAGAUGA